AUGGAUGGGCUGCAGGCUGGUUCAACUUUGGUUCGUUUGCGGAUAGAGGAAGUGUUGUCGCGACAUGCUCAGGAUGCUGAAGCGCCCUUACCAGGAGCUCAAGUGAGAAUACUACCAGUUCAGCCCAUCAUUCAAAAUGGACCGCAAUGUGGGUUGGUUGCACUUUCUAUGGCGGCGCAGCUUCUUGACUUGGAAAAAAAGAGCACUUCGGAAAUAUUUGAUACUGCCAAGAAGCUAGGAUUCACCAAUAAGGGGGAGAUGUUCUCAGCUGAAUGGCUCCGUCAGUUGGCGGUCUCAUUGUGGCCAAUGCACUCCUCGGUGACCUCGUUACCGGACGCUUCCUUAUUAGUCAACCUGAUCGAUUCUGGUGCUGCUGUGCUUGUUGCUUACGACUGUGCGAAAAAUUACGAACCAGCUCUGCGACAUGGGCACGGAGCUCAUUGGGCUUUACUG